UUGUUUUUGUUCCAGCAGGAAAAUGAAGAAUAUAUUGUUAUUGUUAGCAGUAACGGGUUGCGGUUACGGGCAACUAGAUCCUUAUAACCAGAACUUCCCGCCGCAACAAUUUCCCUCUGACAAUACGCAGAACAGCACAUAUCGUUCUAAUCCUCAAAUACCGUACGGCAGUUUCCCAGUCAAUCAAGAUUACCAGCAGUCACAAUUGUCACAAAGUACGUUUUAUAACGAAGGUUUCGACUCGGACCCCUAUCGCGAUGGUGACAAUGAAGUGGACCCGCAGAACACCGCUAGUUACUACGCAGGUUUAGACUACGAGGAAAGGUACAAAUGUCCUCCCAAUUGGAUUCGAUUUAGAGAAUCUUGUUACCGCUUUACGAAGUCGCCUAAUCGUCCGCGGAACGACGCCCGGAAGAUCUGCCAAGCAUACGAAUCAGACUUGGUGGCAGUGAAUACUCCAGAGGAACAUGGAUUUAUCAUUACUACUCUAAUGAAAAUAGAUCCUCAAAAGGGUUCCUGGUACAUUGGAGCGCAUCAACAGUCACCUGGAUACUGGUCUAACGAUUUAGAUGGUUCUCAGCUGUCAGGUCUUGAAAAUGCGUUUUUUGAAGAUGUCACAUCCAUUUACAACAGCUACAAUUUGCUGCCCCGGGAUUACUUAGUAUACAAGUUCUCACAACAUGAUGGUCGCUGGGGCCUAUCUGCUGUAGAAGGUACUCAAUAUUAUCAUUUUAUUUGUGAAGGUCAGCCUCAAAGGUUAAAGUUUCUAAUGGAGGAUACUAGAUCCUUCACCUAUGGCUUAGAUGUUUAUGAUCCAGAGAGAAUUCCGAGGGGACCUUAUUUUACAAAAGAGCCAGUAGACACAAUAUAUGACCCUCUCCGCAGCCAUUUUGUGCAGCUAACUUGUGUUGCGGGAGGGUAUCCCACACCUGUUUAUAAGUGGUUCAGAGAAGACUACCAAGUUGACAGCCCUGUAUUCACUGAAAUCAACCCAUUGGAUGAUACUAGAUUUAUUGUAAGUGGUGGAACUUUGAUGAUUUAUUAUCCAGAUGCGGAUAAAGAUAAUGCUAAAUAUCAUUGCACUGCUUCAAACAAAUAUGGUGUCAUCCGCUCUGAAUCAGUCCGACUCUCAUUUGGAUUUAUUAGAGAAUUUAAUCAGAAAAGACCUAUGGAGAGUGGGAAACAAUACUGGGGCAAAGUCAUGUACUGUGAUCCUCCGUCUUACUAUCCAUCUGUGAAUUUCUUAUGGGCUCGUAAUUAUUUCCCAAACCUUGUAGAAGAGGAUAAGCGAGUGUUCGUGUCUUCAGAUGGCGGAGUAUACUUUUCUGCCCUCGAAUCGAUUGAUAAUGGCAAUUAUAGUUGUAAUGUGAUGAGCAAAGUUUCAGACAUGGGUCGCAAUGGCCCAUUUUUCUCACUGUCUGUUUUUCCCCAUUCUGAUUAUCAGCAGCUUAAAUUCCCCAACAAUUUUCCCAAGCUGUUUCCGGAUGCUCCAAUUGUCGGUCAAGAAGUUAGGUUAGAAUGUGUUUCAUUUGGAUAUCCAGUGCCUUCGUACAAUUGGACCAGGAAGAAUAGUCCUAUGCCAAGACGAGCAAGACUAAGUAAUUACGAUCGUGUUUUGACUAUUUCCAACGUUGGCGUUGAGGAUGAGGGAGAGUACAUUUGUGACGUCAGCAACGAUCGGGCGCGCAUAUCUAACAGCGUGUUCUUAAAAGUACAGGCAGAACCAAACUUUACUAUACCAUUGGCUGACAAGCAUGUUGACAACAAGGGUGAGCUGCAUUGGAAUUGUGAAGCCUUUGGUAUCCCAGACGUCAAUUACACUUGGUGGAAAAAUGGCAAUAAACUUUCUAUGGAAAGUUUAGAAUUAGAAGACAGGGACCGAUAUAUAAUUCAGGAUAAUGUGUUAACUAUAAAGCACUUAGAUCCUGCAAGGGACCCCGGAAUGUACCAGUGUGAAGCCAAGAAUCAGUUGAAAGCAAGAUAUUCCACAGGGCAGCUGAGAGUAUUAUCAUUGAAACCAUCAUUUAAGAAAAGACCCCUUGAAUUAGAAACAUAUGGCUCAGAAGGAGGAAAUGUAACUUUGAGAUGUAAUCCAGAAGCGGCACCCAGACCAUCAUUUACAUGGAAGAAAGAUGGAAAUGUAAUAGGUGCUGGUGGAAAACGAUUUAUCACUGAGAAUGGGAAUCUGAUCAUCAGACAAAUUUCCAGAGAUGAUGAAGGAAUAUACACUUGUGUUGCCAAGAACCAGUACGGGUCUGAUGAGAGUAGAGGACGACUGAUCGUUUUACGCGCUCCCCGAUUCCUCGUGCGUCUCCCUCCGCGCGUAACAACGCAAGUUGGCCAAGUAAUCUUUUUACAUUGUAGCGCUGAAGUUGACACACUCUUAGACACCGCUUACCUCUGGAAUCACAACGGCAUACGCAUGAAGGAAGCAGCCGAUCUUUAUGCUGACAAAAGAAUUAAAAUUGAUGGUGGAGAACUUACCAUCUAUAAUGUUAGUCUUUCCGAUGUCGGCGAUUACGAGUGCAUUGUUAAAGCAGCUAUCGGUCGCAUAUCCAGCCACACACAACUGCGAAUCGAGGGUCCGCCAGGUCCUCCGGGCGGGCUGCAAAUUUUGAACGUUUUGAAAAACACUGUGACCCUCGAAUGGACCGACAGUAAUUCUAACGGGCGACCGAUCACUGGCUACGCGAUCACCGGUCGAACCAAUUGGAACUCUACAUGGACUACCAUUGCGGAAAAUAUCGCCAACGUGAUGGAGGUAGAUCGUUACAACGGGCGCAAGCGAGCGGUCGUCCCCGUCACCCUGCAUCCGUGGUCGGUUUACGAAUUCAGAGUUCAAGCUAUAAACUUCCUCGGAAUCGGCAAACCUUCAGCACCCAGCCCACAAUUUUCGACGUUAGCUGACAAACCUUAUCAAGCACCCGCGAACGUCGGUGGAGGUGGUGGCAAAAUUGGUGAUCUUACAAUCGCCUGGACUCCUCUGCCGAAGCAUUUGCAGAAUGGACCGGGAAUACAUUAUAAAAUAUUCUGGCGUAGAAAUGGAUCUGAAGUCGAAUUCCAGUCCCUCUUGCUAAAGGAAUAUGGGAAUGUUGGUAGUCAUGUUGUGCGUAUAGUGCAUGAGUAUUUCUAUACGCCGUACGAUGUUAAAGUACAAGCUUUUAAUGACUUGGGCGCGGGUCCUGAGAGCGAAAUAGUAACAAUAUACUCUGCUGAAGAUAUGCCUCAGGUCGCUCCGCAGUUGGUGUCAGCACUUUCCUACAACUCUACGUCCCUCAACGUGACUUGGAGCCCGAUAGACCAGUCCCGUGAGAGGCUCCGUGGCAAGCUCAUCGGCCACCGCCUGAAGUAUUGGAAGCAGGCCAACAAGGAGGAAGAGUGUAUCUACUUCUUGUCCAGAACUACCCGCGCUUGGGCCCUCAUUGUCGGGUUGCAGCCUGAUACAUAUUACUUCGUGAAGGUAAUGGCAUUCAACUCGGCGGGCGAGGGUCCCGAGAGCGAGCGCUACCUGGAGCGCACGUACCGCAAGGCGCCGCAGAAGCCCCCGGCCUCCGUCAACGUGUGGGCCGUCAACCCGAGCACGGUGCGCGUCGUGUGGCGCUACGUGCAACCCACGGAUGAGGAGGAACCGCUUAUUGGCUACAAGGUGCGAGUAUGGGAGACCGACCAAGACAUGAGCACGGCGAACGACACCAUCAUACCCGUGGAGCACAAACUCGAAGCAUACGUCAACAACCUCAUACCAGGCAAGACCUACAACCUCCGAGUCCUGGCCUAUUCCAACGGAGGCGACGGCCGUAUGUCCUCUCCCCCAAUAACCUUCCAAAUGGGUGACUACCACAGCGAUUCUCUAGGGUACUACGUAAGGGGCAACUCAGCCCACAAAGCAAGCUUAGCUUUAGGAUCUCUUUUCUCACUAUUUCUAGGUCUCUCGGCCUUUAGAUGGCUGCUAUCGUGAUGUUUAUUCUGUCCUUAUUUUGCGUAGCUUUAGUAACUAAGGUCUGAUUAUGAUAUUGCAAUAGCUUAUACCUAUAUUUUUACAUUGAAGUUUGAAGCUAUAUUUUUGUACUAAAAGACGUAAAUUGAUAAAUAUUUCUUUAUUUGCACAACUUGCGAGGUUGUGAAUUAUCCCGCCCAUUUUACUCUACAUUUUAUAUAUU